UAAGCCUCUGGAAUUCUGAGUAUUAGUAAUUAGGUGAUGGUUCCAUAGAAUGAGGACGAACAAGGAGGUUGAAUCAGCUGCAUCUUUCACUUGAAAGACAAGACUCCCAUAGAACGAAACACACAGUAUUGGUGUGAAUGAAAAAAAAAUGGAGCUUUCCUUUAGGUGACAGGGAAUCUGUAUCAACAAACAUUCGAAAGGAAGAAGCGCAGUUAAAAAAUUCUGAGUUAUCGCCUGCCUUUCCGAAAAUAAUAAGGGAAAGAAGAACAUCAUUUCUUUUACGAGCAGUGGGGAGACGGGAGACAAACAGGAUAGCGUCUCCAACACUAUUCCUGUUUUCGAACGACUGGUAACCUUCUUUCAUUGUACAAAAAUUGAAAUUAGUGGUCUUUUUUUUCUUUCUUUUUUUAGCCUUUAUAUCGUCUCAUUAAUGUAGCAAUUCGUCUCCAUGACAAAACCUUUGACAAAGUUCGAAUGUCACUACCAAUUUCAAAAAAGGCAGCUGACAGGAAAUAUAAGCGUAUCAACGAAGUCCUGAUAACGCCGCUAAUCAUUCCCUAUCUCCAUUAUCACCUCAUAUCUUGGUGUGGCUCCCAAGGCGUCAGGAAAGCCAUUUCACAGGAGAAGGCUAUUGAAGAAGGCAGCAGCGACACGAAGGACAGCAGAACCCGUUUGGUUGGUGAUUGGGCCUAAGUUUAGGCCACUUCAAGACUGACUGCCAUACAUUAGACCAAGAGGUUUGGGCAGACUUCACGCGGGAACCGUUUCCCGCUUCCCCACAGUGAGAGAUCUUCCAAACUACGUGUGUUAGGCACGCGAUACUUAUUAAAACAACGGAAGAGGAGACAGAGGAAAUGGCGAGCAAAGGAAGAGGAGGGGGUCCCGUGAUAAAAGGGCGACCACCCACAGGAAGCGGGGCGGAGGAGGAGGGGGAGGAGGAGGAGGCCCAUUCAAGAGGUUAUUGCCGCCCCCGCCAGGAGGGGUCAAGGGUUCGCGGGGUGAGAGGGGUCGUUCUUUCGUUCCUCCUCCUGUUGGGCUUUUCACAUCAGACCACAGGCGAGACGUUCAACACCACACGCUUGGAGGUGGUUCGUCACAUGAAGCAGAAACAGUUCACCGCCUGCGUGCGCCCUCUCGUCCCCGAGACAGUUUUGGCUGCCAGGAUGUAUGUGAAGUCAACUGCCGUCAACAUCUAUUACGACGCUGGAAAUGUAACCGUAGAAGGGAUGCGGCCGAAUGUUUGGCACGAAAUAUCACUCAACUAUGACACUGAGAAUUACGUUCACACACUGGUCGCUACGGUAGAUGGGGAAACCAUACCUUUCAACAAACCAGAUAAAAAAAUGUGGACGAGUGCAUAUGCGUUCAGCUACGUGGACUUCCUCGUCAAGGGCACAAUUGAAAUAACGGGCUGUCCACCUCCUGAAGAUCCUACAACCACAGCUGCGCCUACGACUACAACUGCAACUACAACCGAAGCUUCGAUUCACGAGACUCCACACGGUAAUGUUAGCUAUUCCAUGUCAACAAAACCCUAUACCGAAAUCGUUACAACAGAUACAGACAAAACAGCAGUUACAACUAAUAAUGCUACAAGUGCCAUCACAACUACAGAUACAACUAUGGACAUAGUUACAACCGCAGUCACAACUGACAGAGUGACAGUUAUUGCAAGCACAGACAUAGCUACAACUACUGGUGAAGUUCCUGUGUAUGCGGUUACACGCGGCCAGACCCCAUCUCCCAUCCUCAAAGUUACAGAAUCACCAACAUUAUCCCACUUAGAAAAUCAAAGCACUUCUCCCAAGGCCUAUGACACAAACACAACCCCAGACACAGGUGUAAUAACUGCGGGCGAUGGUGAAUCCUGGAUUUGGUUGAUCGGAUCAGUAGGCGCCGUUCCUGCGUUACCGCUUGUCAUCGGCGUUGCUGUUCUUGUCAUCGUAAUAGCCUCAAUAAUUCUUGUGUGCUGCUUGAAGAAACGAGACACCAAAGCGAAAAAGGUCAACGACAAGGAACGUAACAGUCGGUCAUUGGCCGAAAAUACGAUGCUUUUGGGUCCGUACGGUUUCGAUGAGAGAAAUGCCAAAAAUUUGGCUGUUCCAGAAGACGAAGUUAAUGGCCGUAGUUACCCUGACAGUAAUAUGUCCAGUUUCAAGGAGAGUUAUCAGGUUGCAGAUUACCACCACAAUGUUGGCUAACUGAAUGUAAAGAGCAAGCUUGGUAAACCUACUUUGAUUCGUGUGUUUAUUU